AUGGAGAGCAAUAAGCAGCAUUUUCGUCAUAUUUUACUUUUUUACUAUAGAAAAGGUAAAAAUGCUGUUCCAGCCAGAAAGAAUUUAUCCAAUGUGUAUGGAGAAGAUGUGUUGACAGUACGCCAGUGCCAGAACUGGUUUGCAAAAUUUCGAUCCGGCAAUUUUGAUGUCGAAGAUGCAUCACGUUCUGGAAGACCGGUUGAAGUAGAUAAAGACACAAUAAAGGCAUUAGUUGAUGCAAAUCGGCGAAUAACAACACGUGAGAUCGGUGAGAGAUUAAAUUUAUCAAAUUCAACUGUUUAUGACCACUUGAAAGGCCUGAGUUUAACGUCGAAACUCGAUAUAUGGGUUCCCCAUAUUCUCACGGAGAGAAAUUUGUGUCGUUGCGUUGACGUCUGUGAUUCGCUUCUUAAACGUCACGAAAAAGAUCCAUUUUUGAAGCCCAUCAUUACUGAGGACGAAAAAUGGGUUGUAUAUAACAAUGUCAAACGCAAGAGAUCAUGGAGCAAAAAAGAUGAACCUGCUCAAAGCAUUUCCAAAGCCAAUAUCCAUCAAAAAAAGUGA